GCCUGAGGAGGUGGUGAUGUCCAUACAAGCUCUUAUGGCUACCCUGUGUUCUCUGCGUGGAAGUCCCUCUAAGCUUAGGACCUCCUCAGCCAGCGUCUCUUAUGAUGGAAGACCUUGGAAGACCUCUCCACUGAGCAAUGGACCUAAUGACAAAGAGGUGAUGCAGGAUCUGAACAAUCGCCUUGCCAAUUACUUGGAGAACGUUUGUGCCCUGGAAAAGUCAAAUCAACAAUUAGAGAUCCAAAUUCGAGACAAAUUAAAAGAGGGUGCCGCAGAAAGGAAAGACUACAGUGAUUACUUCACCCUGAUUAAUACCCUAAGUAAGCAGAUUACAGAUUCAAUCUCUGAGAAUACAAAGCUCCUAUUAGCUAUUGAUAACAGAAGACUGGCUGCAGAUGACUUCAUGGAGAAGUGGAACAUAGAAUCUGCCUUACGUCAGUCUGUGGAACGGGAUAUGAACUCGCUGCGAAAGGCAAAGGAAGAUCACAAUGUUAUUAAUGACAGCCUGAGAGCAGAUGUAGACAGCCUACAGAGUGAGCUUCUGACCUUAAAGAAUGACCACAAACAGGAUAUUGCUGCUCUCAGAGAGAAACUAGAUAGAGGAAAAGUGGAAGUUGCUGUUGAUGCGGUUCAGGGGCCUGACCUGACGUCCAUCUUGUCUGAAGUUCGUGCACAGUAUGAGGACAUAAUGAAGAAAAAUAAGGAGGAGGCAGAUGCUCUGUUCCAGACUCAGUAUGAAGCCGUAACCCUGCAACUUGACAAAGAUGAUGAAGACAUCAGGAGAGCACAAGAUGAAGUACGAGACAGACGGACCGUGUUACAGGGACUGCAGCUGGAACUAGAGACUGCAGGAAACCAGGUAAAUGCACUAAAGCGAGACCUUGAUGAAACAGAGCUGCGAUACAAGAAAGAGCUGGACAGAAUGCAGGGUAAUGUAAUGGCAGUGGAGCAGGAGUUAUCUGAGAUACUAAAGACCAUACAAAACAACAAACUGGAAUAUGAGGCACUGUGGAAGAUUAAGGAGACUCUGGAAGCUGAAAUCGCCGAGUACAGACGUCUACUGGAAGGAGAACCAGAAGAGAAAAUCAUCAUACCUGAACCACGACAACCAGAUAUCAGAACCAAAAAAAUUGUGAAAAUAGUCACACAGACUCUUGUGGAUGGGAAGAUUGUUGGCGAGUCAAGCGAGGUGUCAGAAUUCGAGCAUUCCGACAAAGAAAACAAGUGAACUUGGUCCCCUGCUGCUCUUUUACGUAUGUCUUGCAGUUGAGGGAUCUGUAGAGCCAUCAUCAUCAUCAUCAUCAUCAAUGCCAAGCAGUGCCCUUGCAUGGAGUCAUACGAGUCGCAUUUUCCUUUCACUAGGCUUGGUAUAAGCAAUUGCAUAAUCUGAUAUUCUACCUAUUGCCUGUAAGGUUAAUUUUGUACACUUUUGCAUUUUUGUAUUAAUGCCAUAGUGAGGCAGUUGCUGAAUACUUCCCAUUCGUUGACUGGAGAUACCUUAUUUCAGUGCUCUAUAUGUAUUGGCUAUAAUGAGUGAUGCUUGCAUUGUUACACCCAAAAAAUGAGGCACCAAACAUAUCUUGGACCAUUU